AUGGUACCUGAGCGGGCUCGCCAGAUACGCCUCCCUCUUGUCGGCAGGAGUUUGUACAAUCAUCGCCAACUUCCGCCUCAUCAGCGUCUUGAAAUCAUCCGUCCACCAAAUGCUGUCGAAGAACUGCCCGCCAACACCUUGCUAUGGGACUCCUUGCGCUCCAUGCAGAAUAUCAGAAACAACCGAAACUCGCCUGUCCUACCCUCCUCCUCUGAACAAUCAUUCCACAUCGAGCUCCAACCCAGUCUGCAAGUUGUCCAAUUGCCAGUGCUGCCCAACGGAACCCACUCCCCGUCAACUGUAGCAGAGGUGACCGAGCUGUCCAGUAACAUAUCAAGCCGUAUGUGCAGUCUGGCGUCAUCAGAAGCACCAAACAGCCCUCCCCCUCCCCAGCCUAUGCACUACCAUCGCGUCAAUCUCAGUUCCCUUCUGUCCUCGCCACCGUCCCGCAAUCGCGCUGCCCUCCGUGUCGCGACACAACCUGUCUACCACUACUCUCUAGGCAAGCCGGCCGUGACUGUGCCGAAGGAUGUCGCCCGUCAAGCUCAAGAGGAGUACAAACAGUUUUCAGCUCGACUAAGCCGCCUCGGUGGGGUCUUGCCGAUACACCACGCGCUCCUCGCUGGUGCCACCCUGUCGUCCAGUAUUGAAAUCACCCGUGCAGCCUCCAUUCCCUACAAGCGCUUCUGGUCGGAGUGCGCCGACAGCGACUCGAACUCGGAUGACGAGUCCUCAGUCAAUGGAGCUCACCGUGUCAGGCGUCGAAAGCUACCGAGAUAUUGGGACACUUUCUCCGACUUAACGGAGAGAAACGCGGCCCGGGCAUUCGUCGAUAAAACAGAGCUACUGCCCCAUCUACCUGAUUCCUUUGCUUACCUUCUUCUCCGCCCACCUCGUUUCGAAAAAACCACUUUCCUUUCAAUGCUGACGCAAUUCUACGGUGUUGCUGAACAAACUGAACAUUCAAAGUUUUUCACUCAGCUGGAGGCAGUCGCUCAUGUCAACCACAAUCAACACCUUUGCUUGUCUUUCAACUUCACGUCUCUCGACAAGACUGAUUCGCUCGCCAUAUCAUCAUCAAUCUCCUCUAGAGUGGACAUGUCCUUGCAACGAUUUGUGUGGAAUUACUCUGCCCAACUCAACAUUGCCAAAGGCCACCAAUUAUCCAAUGAUACCGGCGAGAUGUUCCAGGAAGUACUCACCCGCGUCCACAGUUCUGGUUUACCAUUGCUCGUGAUUGUCGACGACCUCGAUGCACCGUUCUUUAAACCUCCCCCGCCCAAACCAAGAGUCAUAAAUGAAUUCGGGAAUCUUGCAUACAAUGGCUUCGAGUUCAGGAAUGUUGUACCGCCCUCCAGUCACGAAGUUUCUCGGGCUAUGGACAUCCAUCUUUGGGAACCCUUGAUCGCCAACCGUAGGACAAUUCAGAAGCUCGUCCUCUCUGGAUGCACUCUCGUUCAACACUCGUUAAUUCACCGACUGGGCCUCACCAUUCCUCCACAACUGGUAUCAGCUUGUGGGUUCACGACGGGAGAAGCUCAGCUGUUUGCGGAAUCUCUCCUCGAAGAUUUGGAGCAGGGGGACAUUGACGAUAUGCAAGCGUCAUGUGGGAGGUAUUCGUUCUCGGAUUCACCUUCAGAGCCGCUCUUGCAUCCUCAAAAGGUCAUUUCAUGGGUUCAACGAUUUUCCCGCCCUGAUAAUGAAGACGACUCCAAAGACAAGUGCUUCGAAUUGCUGUCUAGCAUUCUGAAGAUGUUGCCAUCUGAAUCGGAUGCUUCUGGAGGACUUUCUCUCGUCGAUGUUAUGUCGUUGGUCGCCGCCGGCCACGUUGUGCCGUCACCACAAACUGCGUAUUUUGUCGGUGACGAUACAAUUCGACCCACUUGGCAAGCCUUCAUUGGAGCGGGUGCGUUGGAAAGAGACUCCCAGCACCCACAGACGCUGCGAUUGUCGAACUGCCCCGGUGUCAUCCCAGUGCUUCACUCUUACCUUGAUGAUGCAGUGACGGAGCGAUACGACCCGACCCGAAGACUUUUCUUUUAUUGGGAAGAUAUAUGCUCUCACAAACCGAAUAUGCUGCUCAGGUUGUUGCAGCGAAUGAUGCGCGACCUUGGCAAGCGUUGCUUGUUACAUAACAGCGAGCUCAAUCUUCACGGGGUCUUUGAGCUUCUAUGGCGAAAUGCAGUAGAUUUGCAAUCUGAAGAAGACCGACCGGAGAAGCCCUUCGUCUAUCAUCCUUACACGGCCACGCCAACGAUCACCGAGAUUCCAGCGUUUGGAGGUCAAGAAACGGUCUCGGUCGAGCUCGUCACGCUGACUUUGGCUGGACUCUGGCGUGGUGCCAACCCCAAGAACGAUCACCGAGAGCCCACGCGCGAUGAACUGCAAAAGCUGUUUGACAUCGUUCAAGAUGAAGACGAAAAGACAUUGUUAGCUCGACAAUACACAGUCUGGUAUUCGACUCCCAAUGCCAUGGAAACAAAUUCUGUCGAGAGUUUCAUGCGGAAAGAGCCUAGCCACGUACAACUUGUUGCCAUCGGUGGCUCGCAUGUGCUCUACCGGGGUCCAAGGGAGCAACACGAGCCGAACGACGCUUGCGUUAAUUGUGGUCAUUGCGAGGAGAAGCCGUUAGAUCUACCCGAUGAGAUUAUGUUUGGCAAGUGGGAGUAG